AUGGGAUGGAAUUUGUUGCGCCAAUUCAAGAAUCACCGAACUUUUAGUUCUUGGGUCAACUAUCUUGAACAAUUCAGUCCUUAUCUGAACUUGAUACACUUGAUCUUUCACCUUAAUGAUAACCAACUGGAAGGGUCUAUUCCUGUCUCUGAUGAUCAAGGGCAACCAGGGCUUGACAUGCUCCUCAUGGCCCAACACUUGGAUCUGAGUGACAAUAAUUUUAAUUUUUCUGAUAUUCCUUCAUGGGUUUAUGCUUCUAGUAUGCCAGAUCUGACGACAGUAAUACUCAAGGACAACCAGCUCAGUGGCACAUUAAAUCUCAGCAGUGGCUACAGAAGAAGUCGACAACUCAUUGAUUUGCAAAACAAUGGUAUUACCGAACUCGAGUUGGGAAACCAAAAGUUGAAUUUCGACUUAAGACAACUAAGGCAAGUGUUGUUCGUCAAAUAA